UACUUUCCAUACUCCUGCACGCUCCUCCUUCCACUUCUCUGUUUCUCUUUUGCUUCACUCUGCACUCAAUUACUUCAGUUUAGUUCCUUGUGGUGUUUGCAACUUUUCUUAAAGGAUUGCGUGCAUGUUGCUGCUUUCACUACCUCGAGGACGUGCGGAUUUGGAUGGUUGUGCAUGUUCUGAGCUGCCGUUGGAGAUUAUCGAGCGCGUUCUGUCGUUCUUGCCUGUGCAUGAUUUGUGUAGGUUUCGAUCGGUCUGCAAGGAAUGGAGGGAGCUUCUUUGUAAGCCGAGCUUUCAUGACCUGUGUGAGGUGAAUGGGAAAGAUGAUCGGUACUUGUUCGUGACGCGGGAUUUGGACUGUGACGGGUGGAGCGUUGUGGACCCGGUUUUCAGGCGGACGGUUAGCUUCCUCGACUUGCAUGACGAGCGAUGGUAUGCAAUUGAGGUCGGCGAGUCCCUUGGAGGCUUUGACGAGGACUUUCUUGAGACUCAGUUGUCGGCCAUGGAUAAUGGCCUUCUGUGUGAGAUGAGUACAUUGCGAGGCAGUGACGAUGAUCUUGCGUUGACGAUCUCCGAUCCUGUUGCCAACACGAGGAUGACACUGCCAGCUCCCCCUGAGAUUUUCUGUCUGGGGGCGUAUCUCCCUUUAAUACUCCCGUCAGUGGAUAUCGUUACCCGCAGCUACAAGGUUUUCCUUGUGAAUAAUCCUCGAGAACAUAGUAGGGACCUCACCCGGGUGCAUGUAUACGAGACAUUCAGCAACGAGUGGCGGGGACUCAGCAAUCCAGCAAAGGAAUUUGAGGAGUUGAUUGCAGGUUCAGCUGUCAUCCUGCAAGACGUUUUGUACAUAGUUUUCCGUGACAUUGCCAGGUGGCAGUUUGUACUGCUAAGCUAUAAAAUGCAGGAAGACGUAUGGACAGAAGUUAGGCGAAUCAUCUGUCCUAGGAAGCCGCGACACCCCCAACUCGUUGUAAGAGGGCAUCGACUGUUUAUGAAUUUAUGGUCGGGCGGAACGUCUUCUUUACUGGAAGAUUUGUCAUUGUUCGAGAUGAUUGAAAUCAUGCCAUCCGAUAACUCUAGCAAGACAGUGGUCCAACUUACGUUUGCUCAGCUUCAGCAGAUGUUUAGCGAGCAAGAUUCAGAUUUCUAUAUUGCUUACGGAGUUCCACGUUUUAAUUCUAAAGGGUCUUACAGCUCUGUAAUAUUGAUGUCAUCUUUAUCAGGAAAGUUGAUAACUUUUGACUUGACGAGUAGGACGGUGGGUACAAUACCUGCAAACCCUUUCAUACAGGGUCCUUCGCUGGAGACCUACCCCUAUUGUGACAUGUAUCGUGCGAAGAACAUGAACCUUAGUUUGAGAAAUCUAUUAUCAUAUGACUCGGUUGCAAGUGGUUGAUCUGUAUUGAGAGCUUUGCGUGGUAGAAAGUCUUGCAAUUAUUAUCCUUUCAUGACAUCUACUAAGGAGAAGGCCGAAGCGCGGUUUAUGAAAGCGAUUGUAUCUGCCACCUUUAAUUACCCUCUUUGUUUACAGCAUUCUACACUGUUACCGUUCGUCAUAGUCGCUCUUGCAGAACAUUUGCAGAGUUGGCUUCAGUAGAUAAGCGGGGUCAGCAGCAUGUCGUUCAACAGAGACAUUCAUUAAAACACGGGACUAGCCUCGCCCUGUGAUCUUCGAAGUACCUUCUGUAGGGGUGAAACUCUGACUGCUUGCCUGGGUCCAGACAUCAUUUCGUUUUGGCAUUUGGAAUCAUCGCAUGUUUCUGUAGAUUCUAGCACAAUUUAUAGUUAUAUAGUUCUUCAAUUAAUUGCCAAGAUAUUUCUUUUCCUGCAAUGAGUUCAGAAUGUGGUCAUAGUCUCCGAAUGACUGCGAGAGCAUUUUUCAGGUGUAUUCUGUUGCAUGGUUUUGUACUUGCCUGCUAACAGUUAUGGAGCACUUAAGCCCUCAGGAGCAUUGGACCGAAAUUUUCAGAUUCAGUAUGUUAUCGAGUCGAUUUCCUUACAUAACAAUGCUUAUAGAGUCUUCUUGGUGGACUUCUUGGGCUUCUAGAUUCUUAGUGCGCACUAGAUUUGAUAAAAUUUGGUUAUGUUAAUAUUUUUGUAAGUUUUUUACUUUCUUGUUUUUUUUGUUGAUUGGCCCAUCAAAUUUUACAACCACAUUUUAAUUCGUGAUAUAUAUAUAUAUAUAUAUUAUGGAUAUUUAGACAUUUAUAUUAAGAUAUUUUUUCA